UUCCCUUCCCACUCUGCUCUCACUCUCUACAACUUCGAUCGUUGCUUCUCCCCUGCGUCGUCAUCGCUUGUCUCGUCGUGAAUCGUGAUCCUCUGAGUUCCGCUGGUCCUUGGCUGAGUACCUUGUUCUCCCCUCCAACCACUUGUACCAUCAACACACCUCUUGACUUCCCUCCUCGCUAGACAGCAGCAUUGAUCACACCCAAACCACCCACUACACAAAUAUCUUUCCUUACUGUCUGGUCGCAGUCCCUCUACAACUGUUCAUCUCUCUUCCAUCCGCUCUGCUAUCCACGAGCCCUCUGCUCGACCCUUUGAGUUUCGUUACUUACAUCCUCUACUAUCGUCGUCUUUUCUUCAUUUUUCCUCUCCAUUCUCUCAGGCGGUCUGACUCUAGAAUCUGGAUCUCAUCCAGUCCAUCGUUUGUUCGAUCGCUCCCCCCCAAAAAAAAAUCAAAAAUCACUGGUCAUCGAGACCACAACUCCGCACAGUCUCGCCACUAGUAUCAAUCAUCACCUACGGUCUAUCACACCCAAUCUGCCCUUUUCGUUCUACAUAUAUAAAUAAGUUUCUCAUCCUCAAUGGCCGACAACUCAGACCAGUACUCAAGCACCGCCUCCAAUGGCAAUGGCAAUCGAACCGGCCGCAAGACUAACUCCCGCCCUCACAGCCGCAACGAGACCCAACGUGACAGCUCGACCGGCAACAGAAAAGGACCCUCUGCCGCCGGCGAUCGCGACUCACCUCCAGGCCCAAACAACCAGCGUCGCAGCAGCGUCCAACGCAUUGGCAAUUCUGGCGGCGGCCGUAAGGCCAACGAGCCUCCUCCCCCGCAAGCUCGCCGGGCUUCGGAUACUGGCCCAUCAUUAGGCAGCGACAACAGUCUCAGCGGUAGUAUGCAUGCCCCCAAGGGGCGCGCGCAAUCGGGCGGCCAGAGAAAACCUAGUAUCGAUAAGAACGGCGGUGGCAAGAGCACGCUCAACCCCAAUGCUGGUGGUUUUCAACCUGGUGCAUUGUCUGCUAUCAUGGAUGUCGACGCCGAGGUUUUAGUGACGCCAACCCCUGGACAAACUCAGUUCAACCACGAAGCCUUACAACGUCCCUCGGCCAGCUUCCCUGGAGGUUUCAUCGGCGAACUUCCCGAUAAUGCUGGGGCAUUCGGUCGCCUCCCUGGGCUCAAUAAUGCCAGAGGAUUCGCUUUCCCAGGCGGAAACACUCUCUCUAACAAUCAGCUGGCUCAACAGAUAAUGCAACAGCAGCAACAAAUGCAGUUCUUAAAUAACAAUUUUUCCGGCCCUGGCACUCUUGGUGGCUUGAAUGAUCUUCAGGCAACCGUACAACAGCAAGCGAUGCAAGUCGUCCAAAUGCAAGCCGCCUUACAGGCAGCCCAAGCUCAAGGUCCACAUGCUAGUGCGCCUAGGUUUAGCAACGUAGAUGUCAUGUCUCCAUUGUCCGAGUCGCUUCAAAUCCAGCAGCAACUCGAAAUGUUACGCCAUCAGCAGGAGGCCCUCAUGAACCGCUUUGGCGACCUUCAAACUGGGCCAACGCCUGAUCGCUCUCAUCCCAUCCAUCGACGUGGCCAAAGCGCUCAAGUAGGCAGCGGCCAGGGCAAUGGUGGUAACGCGUUUGGAGCAAUGGGACGAUUCGGACUGGAUGGUGCCAGCUCCUUCGGCCAAGGUCUAGCUGGCAACGACAGCCUUGCUAAUUCUAUGGCCAAUGGAGGCUCUGUCAAUCCCAAAGGUCAUGGCCGUCGUCACAGUGUUCAAGUGAGCUCGAAUACUGGCGCCAAUAAUCAGCAACAACUAGGAUUCCCCGGUCAAAACUUCCAGUUCCCAGCUUCCAUCCCGAGCUCCACCUUCAGCAAUUACCUUGCCAACCCCGUCGGUAGUGACCUUGACUUUGGCAUGGGCAGCGGCUUUUCCAACAAUGGCUCCGGCGCCCAAGGUCACCGUCGUGGACACAGCAAAGCUAGUAGCAUUUCCAAUAUUGGUGGAUUCAACAUGGAUUUCGGCGCUCAAGCAUCCACCGAUCUUAAUCAAGCUCAGAUGCAAUUGCAACAACUCGCCCAGUUCCGGGCAGCUUCCGGCCACACCCGUGUCCCAUCAUUUGGGUUCCAAAACCCGAUGAAUUUAGGACCUGGCCAGUCGCACGUCGGACAAGGCAAUCAACAAAUGCGCAAAUCUUUAUUCGCGCCUUACUUACCUCAAGCAUCCAUCCCACCCUUGUUAGCUGCUGGUAAACUUGUCAUCGGUGUCUUGCGCGUCAACAAGCGUAAUCGAUCCGAUGCCUACGUCGCCACCGAUUCUCUCGACUCGGACAUUUACAUCUGUGGCUCCAAGGAUCGAAACCGUGCCCUCGAAGGUGACGUGGUCGCGGUUGAACUCCUCGACGUCGAUGAAGUAUGGGGCACGAAGAAGGAGAAGGAGGAGAAGAAGCGCAAGAAAGAAGAAAAUCAAGCCUUUGAUUCUCGCGUUCAACAGAACAAUCGCCGCGAGGACAAGAAGCGUGAUGACGUUGAGGUGGAAGGGCAGGGGCUUACUCUUUUUGAAGAAGAAGAAGUAAACGACGAACAGAGACCCAACUUCGCUGGUCAUAUCGUUGCUGUUGUCGAGCGGAUGCCCGGUCAGCUCUUCAGUGGGACCUUGGGAUUAUUGCGACCCUCAUCUGCCGCAACCAAAGAGAAGCAAGAAGCUGAGCGACGCGAGCGUGAGGGGGUUGACUUGCGUGGUGGCCAGCGCGAAGAGCAACGUCCCAAGAUUGUCUGGCAUAGACCCACUGACAAGCGAGUUCCUCUGAUCGCCAUCCCGGUCGAUCAAGCACCUGCCGACUUCUUGGCGGAUCCCAACAAGUAUUCAUCUACGCUUUUCAUUGCUGGUAUCAAGCGCUGGCCCAUCACUUCCUUGCACCCAUUCGGUACCUUGGUUGAGGAGCUUGGCCCCAUCGGUGAUAUUGAGGUUGAGACUAAUGCUCUCCUUAAAGACUGCAACUUCACCUCCGAGGAAUUCUCCGAGAAUGUUGUCAAGUGCCUGCCACCCUUACCUUGGACAAUCCCCGAACGCGAAUACGAGGUUCGUCGUGACUUCAGGAGCCAGGUCGCUUUUACGAUCGAUGGUGCGACUGCUCGUGACUUGGAUGACGCUUUGCACAUUUCAAAGAACGAAGACGGAACCUUUGAAGUUGGGGUUCACAUUGCGGACGUCACCCACUUUGUCAAGCCAGGAACCGCGUUGGAUCGCGAAGCUCGCAAGAGGGCGACUACUGUUUAUCUGGUCCAACGAGCUGUUCCUAUGCUCCCACCUACUCUCUCCGAGCACUUGUGCUCUUUGUCGCCCGGGCAAGAUAAAUUAACAUUCAGUGCCGUCUUCAAGAUGACCCCGCAGGGCCGAGUGAUCGAUACGUGGUUCGGCAAGUCAAUCAUUUGCUCGAGUGCCAAGUUGACUUAUGAUUCGGUCCAGCAGGUUCUUAGCGAUAAUUCUUCCACUCCUGAGCUGAAGGUUGAGAAGGAGGGCGUUACAGUCAAUCAGAUUUGCGAUUCCUUGAGGGCCUUGGGUCAACUCUCCCGUCAAAUGCGUGCCCGAAGGUUUGAUGAAGGCUGUCUGCGCAUUGAUAACAUCCGACUUGAUAUCAAGCUUGAUGCAGAAGGCUUGCCUGAGGAUUGCUCGGUGGUGCUUGGCGACGAAGCCAAGCAAUUGAUCGAGGAAUUCAUGUUACUUGCGAACUCGGCUGUUGCCAAGAAGGUUGCCGCGGGGUUGCCUGAACAGGCAAUGCUCCGACGUCACGAAGCUCCGAUAGACAGAAGGCUGGAAGGAUUCGCGAAGAGAGCCGCCAAGAUGGGCUUUGAAGUCGACACUUCCAGCGCCGGCGCCUUGAUGAAAUCAAUUAAAUCAAUGGAGCAGGCUGGCAAGGCCCCUCACUUUGUCCUUCAGUUAUUGUCGACUAAAGCGAUGGUUAAAGCCAAAUACUUCUGUGGUGGUGCCUUGGACAUUGCUAAAUGGUCGCAUUAUGCAUUGAAUCUUCCUGUUUACACUCAUUUCACUUCGCCGAUCCGACGUUUUGCCGAUGUGAUGGUUCAUCGCCAAUUGGAAGCUGUAUUGAGUACCACUUGCGAUGUUAAAUUCACUAUGGAUCCUGAUUCCGUCAGCAAAUGCGCCCAAUUCUGCAACAUCAAGAAGCAUGCUGCGCGUCUCGCCGAGGAACAAUCCCAGCAUCUAUUCCUCUGUGUCCUAAUUGCGGACCUCACCGCGAAGUACGGACCUGUCAUUCGAUCUGCCAAUGUUAUUGGCGUUUGGGACGAAGCCUUUGAUGUUGCAGUUCCUGACUUCGGAAUUGAAAAGCGUGUACAUGUUGAUCAAAUGCCAAUCGACAAUCACGUUCAUGAUGAACAUGCCAACACUUUGAAGCUCUAUUGGAAGCAAGGAGUCGAUGUUGUCUCUCACUUGUCUGAACACUCAACCGAUGCCCAUUGGCACUCCAUCCGCCACCAUGCCGAAAGGCAUGCGAAGUUGAUGGAGGCCUCUUCUCAGUCUGUCCAAGCUGAAAGUGCAUUAUUCGAAGACGAUGAAGACGAUGUCGUUCAGCAUCCUUUGAAAGGCGGAUCUGGGAAAUCGGGCGAACUCACCGAACGAGAGAAGAAGAGUGCACAACGUUUGAAGAGCGCUGAGAUGGCCCGUGCCAAAGGAAAAGUUGAUUUACAAUGGGAAGGCGUUGAGAAGAUUGAAGCUGCACCCGGAGUCACUCAUUGCGUACAGACUGUCAGAGAACUUCAAACUGUCCCUGUAAUCAUCACGGCCGAUACUACCAAGAGUCCUCCCGUAUUGAAAAUCUUUGCUGUCAACCCCUUUGCAUAGUGCUCCGGUCUGGAUAAGCCAUCCAUCAGAUUCUGUUGGGCUCGUCACCGACAUUGUAUUGCAUUUAUCAUGACAGUUCUCGUUUCCCAUCUCUUUACAUCGCUCACUCGUUUCAAAUUGUCAGUGCAACCUGUCAUUACUUGGCACAGUUAACUGUGAUUCUUGUCCUCUGGGGUGCCCCUUAUUGUGGUAGAUUCGAGCAAAGCAAAGCAAGCAAAAAAAUAAAUAAAUAAAUAAAUAGAAGAAACAGAUCAACGGGACAGAUGGAUCGCCAAGAAUUUUUUUCUUCUUCUUUUUCUUUUUACAUGCAUGUUACUGUUUUUUAUUUUGUUUGUUCAUUGACGUCUCGAUGAGACGAUGAUUUUGUAUGUUGUAAAUGAUUGUGAAUUAAGAAAGACAAACAAAGAAAAAAUUGUUCUCAAUUUAUUUUAAAUAAACAUUAUGUCAACCAUGAUUAAUUUCUUCAGAUACAUCUCGAGUUAAAAUCCACACGAUCAAAGUUCAAUCUUGACACAUCUCUUGAUCUCUAUUCUGUGCGGCAUGUGCAUCUUCUUGAGGACUGGAUACCUGUCUCCCCCUCCCUCGGUUCAAAAUUGUGCUAUAUUGUGCUACCUGACUAGGCUGCUCGUGGUUGUUCUCAUUGCGUCAAGACAGACGUUUGCUCAAAUAAGAUCUAUCAAUUAGGAAGCUCACAUUAGAAAUC